CUGUCCUCAGAAUCAGAAAUAGCACAGGGCGCUUCUCAUGCCGCCGAAACCAAAACCACGUAAAGUCGUAAAGGCGCCAAAGAGCGUGUCUUCCCAGAUCAAGUCCGCAGAGUCAAAAGACGCCCUAUCACCAGACUCUAUCAUGCCUCCUCCACCCGUACCACCCAAAGCUAUGGCUAUACUAGAGCCUGAAAUGAAUGCGCUCAUGGAUUGCUUCAAGAACGCGGUAGUAAAAACCGGUCAAAUAUAUUCCUUUCAUGCUGAUUCCCGAAGACUUGGUAUUAACAAAUAUGCUCCAUAUCCACCUCGUUUUUUGACAGAUUCCCUCGGACGAGAGGUCGAAAAAUUCGAUCAACUUUACGAUGCGAUGGAAUCGCGUUUGCUUCGAGCUAUCGCUGUGCUAGAACGAGACCUAGCUCGCGAGCAGCAUCGUGCUCGCGAAGCCGAGAAUGCCGCGAUCGCUACCCGCACUCGUUCCAAAUCCACAUCGGAGUCUCCAACCACACGCAAAGUUCCUUUACCUCCACUGGAGGUCAACACAGAUGUCGUCAUGGGUCCACCAGCUCUUCCGUCUCAAGCAUCUCCUCCCCAAGGUCUUGCGAAUCCCACUCGCCGCGGAUCAACCAUUUCCCUAUCAUCCUUGCACCGCCCCCCAUUCCCUCUCAAAUUAGACCUCUCAUCAUCCUCCCUCCGAAUGUCCGCAGAAGAAGCCGCUUUAUUUUCCCAAAGUUUGCCUUCUCCGGUAUCCCUUGCGCCCAAAUCAGCUCGUCCCUCAGCUCAAACGGAGUUAGACCUUAUGGCUGCAUUUGCGUCUUCACAACACGUUGACAUUGACUUAACUGUCGAAGAUGAUUCCCCCUUGCCUCCAAUCGAUGCGUCCUUAGGAAAUUCGGCAGACAAGCCAAUUGAGCUCGAUCUUGACUCCAUCGACAUGGAAAUGUCAACCAUGACAGACCUUUUUGGAGAUGGAACUGAAACAGGUUCGGGAGAGAACAGUGGGGUAGAAGGCAUAUUUUCCCCCAUUGUUCCUGAUUCUGGGGCUUCAAACCCCGCAAAAGAGUCCCAAGAAGGCGGUCUUGACAUGGAAAUGCUUGGCGCAUUAUCAGCAGUGGAUAACAGCAACCACGGCAGUGACAUUUUUGGACCACCAGAAUCUGAUGGACUGCAAUCUGGACAGCAUUCUACGCUUGGCGUCCAGAGUGCUCAUCCUGGAAAUGUGGCACCUUCCCCCAGUGCGAUUCUCGCAAGUUUCGCUACUUCUCAAUCAGAUGGGACCGGUCACCAGCCUCCAAGUGGGGACAGCAAUUUCGAUUUGUCUACUCUUGAUCUUGCCAACUUCGACCAUACCUUCUUCCACCGGCCCUCAGAUAUGAACUUAAUGGAUAUGGAGGCGUUGCUGGAUUCCAUGGGUCAGGGCGGGGGCAACUCUGAUGGGUCAAAACCAGCAUCAUGAACUCACUUGCAGUUAACAGCUUACCCAAACCUUCCAAGUUAAUGAUGUGACAUAAGACGGCAAGCUAUCGAAAUGGUCGAAGACGGGCUUCAAUUUUUUUUCAUAUCGCUGGCCACCGCUUAUCAAUAUCCUAAUGAGUGACCUUAUCAGUUAGCCGUACCUGUGACCUGCCAUCUGCAUCCUCCUAUCAGUCUUGUCGGACAUGUGGUGAACACAGUCCUCCCAAAAGCACCUAAACGGCGAUUCGCAUGCUGACUUCUGAGCUUCGUGAUUGCAGCCAUGAAUCUGUACGUUGACGCUGAGUACUGAGCGCUCCGAUUGGUGGAAAUUGGCACGCACCCACGCCAACUUUAUUCCAAAAGAAGUUAUGCAUCUAAUACACACCCGC